CAUCAAAAUUGCUGUCCCUAAUAUUCCUCUCAUUUAAAUAUUCUGAUAGUUUGACAAUUUCAGGCAGAUUGGAGUUACAGUCACGGAUAUAAAAUUUGACUAAAACUAUAAAUAAUAGCCACUAGCAUCCAUCCUAAUUUCAAUGUUCUCGUCACAAACGAAAUGUAAAGGCCCAAAUUAAAGCAUCAGCAUUGCCAUUGACCAGUGAGAGCACUUUCCCCUUUGCAUCUUGCAUGCAAUAUAUUAAGAAGGGCCCGCCACUGAAUGAGAAUUUCCCAAAUUUCAACCUCUGUGUGGGAGAAAAGUAUGCGUUUCUAGAAUAAGAAAAACGCAUUGUGUGGAAAUUUGGAAAAUAGUCACACACCGCAAGGUGUUUGAACCUUGCAUUAGGUUGGUUUAAGAAUACUCUAGAAUUAUCUAGUGAUGAGACCGAAAACCUUAGCACUAGUUUAUAUGACGAGAUAAGCCUCAAUGUAGUCUCUGAAAUUGCACUCGAGUCUUAAAGUAGUCCCUAAACUUAAAAGUUCCUCAGAGUCAUCUCCAAACUUGCACUCCGGGACUCAAAGUUGUCCUUCCGACAAUUUCAGUACACGUGGCGCAAUCGGAAAGCUUAGCUGCCAACCUUGGUGACACGUGGGACUCACAACGGCUAGCUGAUGUGGCAGAGUAAACUCUUCCGACUCAAUUUGGUCCCUCAGGGUUAGUUAAAACCCUAAUCCCCAAAUUUAAAGGCCAUAUUGUUCACUCUACUCUCUUCUCAUUGGUGCUGUGUUCUUCUCUUCUCCCUCUCUAAAACCCACCGGUUAUGGCUACCAUGAGCAAUGCAGCUGGGAGUUCGAACAACCCACGAUCAUUUGGAAGCAUCAUGAGGAGAAUGAACAGAAACAGAGAAGCUCGUUUGCCAGAAUGGUGUGCCUGCGGGUCGAGACCGGUGCUCCGGUGGUCGGGGACGGAUUCUAAUCCAGGGAGACCGUUCCUGGGUUGCCCAAACUACAAUACCGUUGGGAAGAAAUGGUGUGGAUUGUUUUUGUGGGUUGAUAAAGUUUUGGAAGAUACCAUGCCAUGUGAUGAUAGAAUAAGACAUUCAAUUGAUGAUGAAGAAUGGAAGACGAAGAUGGCUUGGAAAUUUGGUAAAUUAGAAGCUGAAAUUAGGGUUCUAAAAAUGGGGGGAAUUUUGAUGUUUGUGUUCAUGCUGCUGAUUGUAAUUGGUGUUCUUGUAUUAAAGCUGGAUAGACAGCAGAGUCAACUGUAUCUAGCAAAAAAUAAAUGA